CUACACCCAACCCUCCCGCUACAAUGAGGGAUAUCUAUCUCACUUCAAUAACUCUUUUUCAGAAAAGUUAUUGUAAUCUGAACGAACUCGGAACCAUAUGACUGGGUGAAAACCAAUUCCCGAGUUUAAAUAACUGACUCCAAAGAUAUUUUUCAAUUCCCGGUUAGGAGAAACGAUUGUACCGCAUACGGAGAAACGUUUGCCUGCUUUCGAGCGUUUUUGAAUGCAGACGUCAAAGUCAAUAUUUUAAUUCAGUGUCACAGUACAUCGUGCUCUGUUGUCCACCAGUUUGUCUAUUGUUGAGCUCUCAGCUACUAUUACUGCUUUUUGGUCUGUAUAUGAUUAUUUUGCUACCCGGCCAGUGUAAAAGUUUUAGCGGGUGAAAUUAACUUAUGGAACUCGAUAAGUGAUUGCACUGACGUAGUCGUUGAUAAAUUCAUCACAAAAAAAGUGUCUGUCAAACCUUAAAACGCGUUAUAAUGCUAAGUGAUUUUACUGGUUUGAUGUUGGUAGCGCAGCAAUACAAACCUUAAUCUCGCUAUCCUUUAGUUUUUGACGGCAGAGAGAGAGAAACCAGGCAACUUACUUUUUAAAAAGUUCCUGUUUAUUUCAAUUUUCAAGCUUCGAGUGUUCAGUUCUCGACAUCGCAUGCCCAUGACUGUCAAAGUUUUGCAUGAACAGCUUGUGUUUUCGUGGUAGUUUUAUCAACAUUUUCAAAAAGGGAAGAUUGGCGUUAUUACAGACAGCAAUCAAACAGUCAUAAAUAUUUAAAACAUCACAACUCAAGGGAACAUUUCGUGCCCAUUAAGCGAGAUAAAAUGAAGGUAAAAAAACGUUGACAUGCAUCUCACUCAACAGAAAAUAACUCUAGACAAUUUUAUUCAUUUUUAUUCCGUUUGGUAUCUUAAAAAAAGAUUACAGAGUGAUACAUUUUACGGCGUUUUGUUGGUUACGUGGUAACGUUUUUAAAGCUGAUUACAGGCUCGUUCAUAAUUGACGAGUUUUAGUCAGUGAACUGUGAUGCAAAUUUUGCUUUAUAUUCUGCUUUGACUAAGCUGGUACUGUAUCACCUGAGUAAGAACGAUUCUGAACAAGAACCUCAGUAAAAGAACCUAAUUCUCACAAAGGUAAGAAUAUCUCUGGCGAUGAUAAAUGAGGAUGAUGGCUACUUGCGCAACUCCAUAUCAUCUACGUUUUCGUUUAAUGUCAUGCGAGUGAUCACACAGUUCUCAGUGACCUCCGGGUUUCAGACCUUUUAUUGAGUUUUUCGUCUUUACUAUAGACACAAAUACCCAAGUUAAUAAAUGCAGUUGAAUUGUUCAAAAUCCAUAGGAUUCCAGGAAUCAAUUUUCUUAAUCUCUUUUCAUCCCACGCAAGACAAAGAACGUUACUGAUAAUGAAAAAUAGCCCCUUAGCUCUCCCGGAAAACUCAGAAUCUUCUCAGUGAAAUACGUGAAAACACUCUCUCUCUCUUUUACGCGACGGCGUUUGCCGUUUGCUUUCUUUUUUGGCAUUCUUUGCAUGGCGACAAAAACUCCGUUAUAUGGGAAAAGACAACUAAAAAAAGAACGAGUUAAAAAAAAGUUUUAGUUUACAAGUUGUUUAUUUUUCCUUUCUACCGUUUUCAGGUAAGAGUGUCAUUUUUCUGAGCACUAUGUAAAUUUAUCCAGUCGGACGUAAAAAUAAGAGACCAUGAUCGUGAUUUCGGUUACUUUAUGAGUUUGUUUUCAAUAAUCAUUUUAUAAAGUUAUUAAUUGAAAUGUGUUUGGUUGUAAUUGUAAGUCCGUUUAAAAAAACCUUUUUCUAAAAAAAUUAUUUUUCAUCGAGUUCAUCUUUGCCAAAAAUUAAAAAAAAUUGACUGGCUCUUCUAUAAAAGGAGAGUUAUUGGAACACAGCUGUUUCGGGUAAUUUCCAGGCCAAGUUUUUAACGCUUUUGCUUGUUACUUCUUGAUUUGUUUUGAACUGUCGUAACUGUAAAUGAAUGCCCAGUUCCACCGCUAGAUGCUCUGUUCUAUUAAUGUAUGUACCAAGGUAACCAACAUGUUAUUCAUGUUUAUUUUAAUUAAAGAUGACGGUAGAAAUUCAUAUCAUUGCUGUGUUCAUGACAUCCUUGGUCAUCAUAUUUACAACGGGUGCAGAGGCCUCCUUAUGGGACGAGCAGAGGCUAAUUCACGACCUGUUUCAAAACUACAGCAAGUUCUCUCGUCCAGUGGUGAACAGAAAUGAUCAGGUUGUGGUCACAUUCAGGGCGAAACUCAAGCAAAUAAUCGACUUGAAGGACAACGAACAACUUCUACAAGUCAUUCUCUACACAUAUCAGGAAUGGACUAACCCAUUACUCACAUGGAACGCCUCUCUUUACGGUGGAACGGAAGAAAUCAACGUCGACGCCUCGAUGGUUUGGGUGCCGGAUAUUGUGCUAUACAAUAGCGCAGAGUUUACGUUCUCUGGUGGAACUCACAAGUACAAAACGGAUGUUGUCAUAUAUUGGAACGGAAGCACAAUUUGGCUUGCACCCGCGAUGUUUAUCACGAAGUGCCCGAUGAAAUUUGGAAGCUGGACCCACGACGAAACACGUUUAGACAUGCGCAUUCUUACCAAUGCCUCCAGUGACGACAUCUACACGGAACAUGGCGAGUGGCAGCUCUUAGGACUGGAGCAGAAAAGGACCUCAAAGUUUUACGACUGCUGCCCAAAACCGUACGUGGACAUAACAUAUACUAUCCACGUCCGCAGAAAGCCCUUGUUCUACACUCUAUACUUGAUUGUUCCCGCCAUAAUAAUCACAGCCAUGGUGCUGGUGGGCUUCUACCUGCCUCCAGAGUCUGGAGAGAGGAUGCAGCUUGGAAUUACUGUCUUGUUGGCUAUGAUAGUGUUCCUUCAGCUCGUAUACCAAAAUCUUCCAUCGACUUCAAAUAGCGCUCCCCUUUUAGGAAAGUUCUAUAUCGUCACAAUGUUUCUGAUCGCUCUUUCGCUGGCUGCCACUUGUCUUGUGUUAAACUACUCCUACGGCCGCCAUUGCGAUGGUGAAAUGCCCAUGUGGGUUCGAAUGAUCAUUCUGCACUGUCUUGGCCGAGUUUUUGGAUCAUCCAACAAUUCUGGAAAAAGAAGGCGAACGUCAAUGAGUGGAAGAACGAACGAAUGGAAGAUUGCUGCCAGUAUUCUGGAUAAGUUCUUUAUGGCUUUCUUUGCAUUCAUAAUUACUGUGGUGGCAUUGUAUUUCUUUUACCAAGCCCCACACUAGUACGAAAUCAGUGUAACACAGGCCAUGUAGUCAUUCAAAACCUACUGCAAAAUACAAAGACUUUUACGUUCCGUUUUUGUUUUAUUUUGUUUUUUUGUUUUGAGAAGUGUUUUUUUUCCUGUUUUUUCUUUUCUUGAGAAACUUGCGUUCUCCAGUGCUAAAAUCAAGGAAGAUUUCCCUUUGUCUAGCUGGCAUGCAGCAUUUAGGAGCGAGAGGAGGCCUGCAAAAUGAACAACACGCCUACCCAGACAGUGAUAAAGUAGGGAAACAAAGAGAAAAAUAAAAUUAUGCAAAACUCAA